AAAUACUGAUGUCAUAGUUGAAAGCAGUCCGAAUGAGUAUUUUAACAAAAAUAAAAUAAUAAAGAUCUUGUAUAGUUUGUUAAUUAUUAGCUCUUAUUAAUAAAAAUGGAACUCAACGAUGUCAUCGUGAAUCAACCUGUGGUUAUAGAUAAUGGUUCCGGAGUAAUUAAAGCCGGAUUUGCUGGUGACCAAAUACCAAAAUGCAGGUUUCCAAACUAUAUUGGUCGUCCAAAACAUGUUCGUGUAAUGGCGGGCGCGUUAGAGGGAGAGUUGUUUGUGGGUCCUCGUGCAGAGGAACACAGAGGACUUCUCAGCAUAAAAUACCCUAUGGAACACGGAAUUGUUACAGAUUGGAACGACAUGGAAAGAGUCUGGAAUUACAUUUAUAGUAAAGAUCAAUUAUCAACAUUCUCUGAGGAGCAUCCAGUAUUGUUGACUGAGGCACCUCUCAACCCUCGUCGUAAUAGAGAAAAGGCUGCUGAAGUUUUCUUUGAAACAUUCAACGUACCUGCCCUGUUUCUAUCGAUGCAGGCCGUUCUUAGUUUAUACGCAACCGGACGUACAACCGGCGUUGUCCUAGACUCUGGGGAUGGUGUGACUCACUCGGUGCCGAUAUACGAAGGGUUUGCGAUGCCGCAUAGCAUCAUGAGGGUCGACGUGGCUGGUAGAGACGUUACCAGAUAUCUGAGGCUCCUCCUACGUAAAGAGGGCGUUAAUCUUCGGACCUCAGCGGAACUAGAGAUCGUGAAGGCCAUCAAGGAAAGGGCGUGCUACCUCUCCCCCAACCCUCUGAAAGAGGAAGCUCUUGACUCAGAGAGGGCGCACUACACGUUACCGGACGGCACUCAGCUGGAGAUCGGUCCAGCAAGGUUCCGAGCGCCUGAGGUGUUGUUCCGGCCUGAUCUCAUCGGUGAGGAGUGUGAAGGUCUCCACGAAGUGUUGAUGUUCGCAAUCCAGAAGUCAGAUAUGGACCUGAGGAAGGUGCUGUACCAGAACAUAGUCCUGAGCGGGGGCUCCACGCUGUUCCGGGGCUUCGGAGACCGUUUGCUGGCGGAGAUACGCAGGCUCGCACCCAAGGAUAUGAAGAUCAGGAUCUCAGCACCUCAAGAACGUCUGUACUCCACAUGGAUAGGGGGUUCGAUUCUCGCCUCUCUGGACACCUUCCGGAAGAUGUGGGUGUCCAAGCGGGAGUAUGAUGAAGAAGGACACAGAGCGGUUCACCGCAAGACAUUCUAAACUAACCAUACUCGAAUGCAAAUAAUAAUAAUACAGCUAUUUUGUUUUGCUAUUACAAAGCGAAAUUCAAAUGUAGCUUCUAAAUUGCUGAAUCGAUUUUGAUGAGGUGUCAUUCCAAAUGUUUGUAACGAGAAAUGAUAAGGAAUUUUGUCGUGAGGCAAUCUCGACUUAUACUAAUUGAUAGUUGGACGCUUAUAUUUAUAUAUAAAGGUACCUUUUUCUUAUAUUUAUAUAUAAAAGUUCUUCGAGAUUAUAUUUUAUCUGUGCUGUUAUUUUCUUUUUUUAAUCUGUCCAUUAUGUUUUGGUUUGGUUGGUACAGAUUUUGUAUCAUCAGAUUAUAGAAGAUUGCUUAAAAUUUGGUGUAGUGUUUUAAGUGGUAUGUGUAAGCAAAUGGUAAGCUGUUGGUGAAAUGUCAACUCCAUUACUGGAAAGAAUACUUUUCGGUCAAUAGGUAAUCUCCCACAUUAGAGCAGAAUAGUGGAAUAAGCUUCAAAACUGUCUCUAAAAGGAGAGGAAGCCCAGCAGUGGCAGAUGCUGUUACUUAAUUAUACUCGGACUUUACCUAUAAAUGUUGCUUAGGUGGUUAGUUAAAUAAUGUUUUGUCUUCUUCUUUCGAAUGACAAAUCAAUGAUGAUUGAAAGGGAGAUAUCAUAUAACUACACAGCCGCAAUGUUUAUAAAUAAGCUAUAAGGAACUAUGUAUGUAUAAUUUCAUCGUCAUGCAGGAGAUGGAAUGAAUAUAUACACAAUUGGACUGUCUACCGUAUUCUCCUGUUAAAAUUGACAUGUACAUAGUAACUAUGUCAUCGCUCAAAUAAUUCAAAUAUAUAAAUACACAAAAACAACCCAGGUAAUACCAUUUUCUUCAUUUUUUAUUCAACUUUUCUUUUGUAACUAUUGCAGAACUUCAAUGUUAUUAAUAAAAUUGGAAAUAAUAGUAGAAAACUAUGUUCAAUAAAUUCAUUCAUAUAAAUUUUCAAUAAUUAUUAUUGUCGGUUCACAUUCACAGUCAGAAAAUCAUAAUAAUACCGUUCAAAUGAAUAUUGAUCUUCGUUAUUUAUUAUUAUUUAACCGACAGAUUAAAAACUUUAGUUAGUUAGUAAUUAUCGACUUAUAUUUAGCUUGCUGAAGCAGUAAAUUCGUUUAUAUUAAAUAUUAAAUUCAAAAUACACUUAUAUCGAGUAGGCCUUAACGAGCACUUUUGAAUUAUUGUUUUACAGAAGAUGUUGAAUGUACGGCUACCACCGGUUCUGAUUAUACAUACAAAACCCAUUGAGAAUUUCAAUAGUUAAUCUUCUACCAAUUAAACUACGAAACCAAUGCAAUUUAUAUGUGACGGAAGUAAAACGUUUUAUACCACAGUUAUAUGGAAAAAAAAUUACACUCCCACAGUUAAAAUAAAUCAAAAAUAACUUAACCGCACUCAAGUUUGAAUAUUUCGUUUAGGAUAAGUCUAAUGACAGCUGUCUUUAUAAUUCUAGGUAUUAUUAUUUAUUUUGCAUCUUAAAAUAACUAAAACUAUGAAUUAUGCAUGUAACAUGUACUUGUUUUGUAUUAAAACUAAUUCCAUUUUACAUGUUAUAUAAUAAUUUACAUGGUAACACAAACAUGCACAUUUUUAUAAUUGGCAUAAUAUGCUGUUAUGAUAUUAAACAUGUAUAUGCAUGUUACAUGCAAAUGCAUGCGUUAGAUUUAAGUGUAAGCGAGCAAGAUAUAAAGUAUUUAAUGUUGAGAGAUUUUUUUGUAUUCCAAUAAAUUAUUUUUAACUCA